AAGACUAAAAUACAUUUAACUGUUUCAAUAUCUGAAUCAGUUGCAUAUUUCUUUUUCAUAGGCCAUAAAAUUAUUGUAAAUUUGAACUGCCAUUUUAAAAUAAUUCUAGAUAAUUCUGAAAACAGUACAUUACACUAGGUGGAUGAUAAUUAAAAAUAAUUGAACGAAUUUUAUCUAAGUACUAACCACAUUUCUUAAAAAAAAUCUUGUAUCACACCUGUUCAAGAGUAUUCUUAUCAAAUAUUAGCUCUUAAAGUAGGUAGGUACUCGUUUUAUUCAGUAGAUAUAUCGAAUGUGAUUGCUUUUAUAUCAGGUCUUGGUCUGAGUUAUUCUAGAAUUCUAGAUUGUAUUCUGUUGUUUCAUAUAAAAAAUACCAAAUACUUACAAAAUUCGGUAUUUACACAUUCUUUUUCAUUCAAAAAAAGCCUUAUUACCUGUAAAAAUGCCAUUUAAUCAUAAACUAUCAUGUAAAAAGGAAAAAAUAAAAUUCGAUAAAUAAGGAAAUAUAAUAAUUUUAUACACGAAAUCUGCGGGUAAAAAAGUAUCAAUGUAGAUAAAGUACCAAUGAAAUGUAGUAUCACUUUCAAUGAACAAAGGAAACUGAUUAAUUUGAACUCUGUUUUUUGUCUUAUAAUUUAAUUCAACAUCAUGCUUUAUAUACGCGUGUACAGUUACCAUUAAAAUCCAUUGUUGAAACUAAAUUCUGUAAACUCAAAUAGAUAAUACCUAUUGCGAAAUCAUAGUAACUAAAAAUAUUAUCUGCCGUCCCAAGCGAACUGACUGACUGAUAAGAGCAUAACGGAUAACUAAACGCACAGACUAAACGUAACGUGGAAUGAAACGUUCAGUCUGUCUAUUCAUGUUAAAGACUCAGUAACGCGAUUAUCUGGAACGCAAUAAUGAUUUUCCAAGCGACCGGAAAUGCAAUCUUGAUCUCUUGAAUAACUUUUUAUGUAAAAAUGUUAUGUAAUUAAUAAUUGUUUAAUGGUAUACGUCUAUUUUAAUUAAUUAGUUUAUUUCGAUAUUAAAAUCAAAGUGUUAAAAGUACGUACUGCAAAAUGACGUAAACGAAACACUUUAUUGAUUGUUGUGUGGCGGCAAAGAUCCUAGUCGUUUGGAUAUUAUUAAAGAAAAAUAUAAAUUACAAUAAGUACAAAUAUUUUAUAAAGAGUCGAUUAAAAUAAAUUUUAAAUAGACGCAAAUAAUUGUAUAAAUAUGUGUGCCGUUUUAUAUUUGAUAAUUAAUUUGACUUUACCGCGCAGGUACUAACCCAAGGACAAGCUUGCUAUCUCUUUUGCACAACUUACUCUUCGCGAACGAAAUUGUGUGCGGCAAAACGUUUCGUCACUGGAUAUGAGUACCUUACCUACCCAGUUCGCUAGUGUUUUUUAGCCUGGUUCCGCCAUUAUUACUAAAAAAAAACUUCAUUGUCAUUAUUUAGAUGCUAUACUAUCAGCUAAACGCGAGUGUAAUGUAGUCAAGUUAAAAAAUCUACUAAAUUGUGAGCACCGAAAGUGUUUUGGAAGUGUAUCAUUUCCUGUUUCAUAUCGUAUAGAAACAAGCAACUACGACCACUAGCGUACUCUUUUCGUUAUCACAAGCGCGCCGAGUCGCUGACGACCCGCCGUUCUAUUUGGCUCGUAAUGGAACCGGCAGGGGACUAACUGCAUGGACAAUGGUGGUCAAAAACUGUGUUUUAGUGAAACUGAGUGUAGUGCCAGUGCUGUGAACUCUUUAUUAGUGUUACAUAAGGUCGCAAUGAACUGUAGAAGAAGCCCGCCCUGACGCGGCGAGCGCGCCAGCGUCCGCGGCGGGCGAGGUGCAGGUCAUGGCACCAGCAUUGUCUAUAGUAUCCCGAGAGCCGCACAUCCACGACUCUAAUUUGUUUGGAGAAAUAGAGCGGCCACUGAGUCAACGAAGGCGGGCGCUUGCGUCCGUCGAUAACCUCGCACCACAUAUGGAUGAAGAUGAUAUGGGACCACAGAAUCAGCCUAGUCUCGCUAAAGACUCUCAAGAGAUGGAGCAGAUCUUGGUUGAUUUGGGAAACAGUGAUCUGGAGCAACAAGGAGAUUUGCUUCAAGCUAUAAAAACCCUCGAAACUGGUGGUGACACACUUUCUGGAGGAGAAGCUCUGUCUACUGACGACCCAGAGGCAAUAUUUCCUCUAUCUGGAUUUGAGUUGGCAGAGCCUGCAGAUUCAGAAGGAGAUGCUAUGGAAGAGAAGAUUAAAGUCAUGCAGCUGCGUCUUGAGAGAAGGUGUUCUUUCUUACAAAGGAGAUUAAGAAUAUUACAGGCUCGUGCUAUUGGGAAAAAAGUAUCUGAAGAAGCGUCUCAGUCUUUUGAGAAAUGUACACGAGGUGUCCGCAAGGACAGUGGUGGUGGUAGACCAGUGGGUUUGAAAACAUUUUUAAAAACUAUAGAAACAACAUCUGCGUUACAAGCUAGUGCAGCAUCGAGGACAGUUGUUGGCCCUAAGUACUAUAACCCUGGAACAUCUAAAGGUGAUGCAUCAAAAUCUGCAAGUAUUGGCAUACCGUCCGGUACACUGACAGGCUUGGAAGAUACUGCAGGAGCACUGCGUUCACACCUAUCCGUGGUAAAACACGAGCUGGACUCUGAUGCCACCCUGUCAUCAUCAGGAGCAGAGAGUAAUGAUGAGGCUGUCACCUACAAUAACCCACAUCAACAGCAGAUGCCAAUUGAGAAACGCGCGCUAUGGUCGUGGCAACGCUCCCGGGCGUCAAUUGCUUCUCGCUGGUGCUGGCUGCAAGCCCAAGUUCAGGAGUUAGAGUAUAGGAUCAGGCAACAUAAUGAACUGCACAAACAGGUCCGUGAAGCAAAAGGACGAGUGGAGUUUGAAGGCGAACCAGCUGCCUAUGAAGGUUCCCUGCCGGGCUCUGAGCUACCUGAUGACCAUCCUUCGCAUGAGACCUGUGCUCGCGUGCGUCCGCUGCGACGAGAGACCUUCAAAAAGAGGAAAUUACUGCAAAUGCAUAAUUUACACAUCGCCACACAGAAGGCUGCUCGACCAUCAGACAUCAAGUGCAGCUGUGAGCAAGGCUUGGAGAGUUGUGCAGUGUGCACAGGCCGCGCGGAGCCGACCCAGCCUGCCCCACCCUUCAGUACCGUGCCGCCUCGUCUUCGCAUUGCCGCUGUCGACCCUGGCUUCCAUCCUGUACUUAGUGAUAUCAAAGACAUGUCCCCGUCCCUGCACUUGUCCGCGCUGGCGAGCCGCGCGUGGUUUCGUCCGCGCGCGGGCCGUGCGUGGCGCGGCGCGCAGCACUCGGCGCACGCGCCGCACUCGUCGCACUCGUCGCACGUGCCCCACGCGUCCCACGCGUCCCACGCGUCCCACGCGCCGCAGGCCGCGUCCAGCUCGGGCCGCGCGCACUCGUCCUCCACACACACGUCAAAGUCUCUCAAACGACACCCCCCACGAUCAAAAAGGGGUCGACCGCCACUAACGAAAAAAGUAAAGGAGAGAGAAAGAGAUGAAGAAACUACGUCAGGCCAUGAAAGACCCCGUGGCCGGUCGAGUACAGAGUCUCGUUCGUGGCGGCGACAGUCGUACGACAUCGACAACAUCGUCAUACCACAGAGCGUGGCCGCCAACACGCGCCCGCAGAUACUCACCUACAAGGAGAUUAUCACACCCAAAUGGCGAGUGUUAGAGAUUCCGGAGGCGCCGUUAAAUAAUGGCGUUAUGAAGACGAAUCGUCAAAUGUCCAUCGAGAGUGAGGUAAGAUUCAUUUAUAUAAACGAUAUCAUUUUUAAUGCAACCGCGGGCCCCGCGCGCCCCGCGCCGCCCGCGCCCUCGCCGCCCGCCACGCCGCUACACGACCCGCCGCCGCCGCGACAACCCACGCCGCCGCAACACGAGACAGUGAGACCGUACACGCCGCGUCAGUUCCCGCUGGCGGACGAGCAGUACCAGCGCAUGGUGGCGUGCAUGCCGAGCGGGUUCCACGCGAGUCGCUCGGCCACGCCGUCGCUGCCGUCGCCCGCGCCGCCCGACGCGCCCGACAGCGACUCGUCCAGCACGCUGUCUCCCGCCGAGCAAAGUGUCUUCGACGGCGACGACCCGGACGACGCCGAGUGGGACCCGCAUGCUGAACGGGCUGAGCGACGGAAGUCCUCGUUUAGAUGAAUCGACCGUUAUACCGCACUACCGGUCUUACAUUGUCUCAGAAGUCGCCACUACUUCUGUCUAGCUCUGUAGCAGUAACUCCUCAACUCUGCCUUUAGAGAUAUUCGUAGCAGAUAAAGGAGAAAAGCUUUAAAGGGCUGUUUGCCUAUGUAAUAAUUAAUUUAGUUUUUAGUUGCUGUCACAUUUGGUCACCUCAUGCUACUCCAAAGUUUGGUCUUUGCAUUUUAUCAUAAACACACCCACUUUUUGUGCAAUUGGAUGUUAGCAGGCACCAUUAAGAAAUAAUAGAAAUUUGUUCACUUACUGUUGAGAACAUUUGAAAUCCUAAAUGUAACAUACCUUUAGUAAACAGUUUUUUUGAUGUUGAUGGCUAUGUGUAUUCAGAUCAGUAGGUUAUAUUUUUAUUAUAAUAUAAUUCAGUAAGUGAUUUAAAACAUAGUAAAAGUAAGAUCUAAAUUUAAUUAAUUGGUAUAAUAUUAAUGAAAAAUAAAUUGACUUGUAUUUACUUUUCACAGCAUUGCACAUAUACAUUACUGUAACUAAGUACAUCAGUAUUCUUGUAAAAUGUAAAGUGGUGAUGAAGUAAGUUCAAGAUACAUACUACUAUAAAAACAUGAGCGCCCAUUGUACAAUAUGAAAAUGUGCAAGAUGCACUUGCUCACAAAAUUUAUUGAUGUUUAUUGUAUGUUAAUCUCACAUUGCGUGAAAUGAGGUAAUAUUCUGUUGUUGACCGCAAACUUAAUUAUAAUAUGAAUGUUGUAAAAAGACGUGUGAACUGAUGUAUUAAUAAAACAGUAGCUUUUGUAGUUUACUGAUGCAAGUGAGCGUACCAUAACAUUCCCUUCAGUUCAAAUAAUGUUCUUGUACAUGUUAAAUUUAAUUUAACGACUAUUUGUAUGCAUUGCAAUAUUUCUUGAUUAAACUUUUUACGAGACAGGAUUAUUAUGAAUGUGUGCCCCUUACAUUUUUGUCUACAUUUAAGUUUGAUGAUGAAGCUUUUCUAUUUUAAUAAUAAUGCCCAAUUAUUGUCGCCAAGCGUUUGUAAAUAUUGUCUUAUAUUACUCGGGCACUGAUUAGAAACUUAUAGACUGGCUAUAAAUUAAUUAUUUGAAUCUCUGUAAGAGUAUGAAUUUGAUGUUUCAAGCCUUCAGUUUUGCUCUUAGGAAAUGUCUGGUUUUAGUUCACAUUUACCAUUGGUAAACAUUAUUUUUGUCACACAUAAAACAUUGGUGUAUUUGAUAAGUGAAUUGUGUAAAUAGUUGGUCUAUGAGACAGGAAAUUGACUGAGUAUAUAACAUAAGAUAGGAGACUACUUCACUUAGUUUUCUGUCACCAAUAGUUAUGAAACUCUCAUGGUUAUAUGUUUAUUUGAAAUAAUAAUAUUCUUGUAAGUUAUCAGAGUGUAUGUUGUUAAGACUGCUUGGCUGAUAGUAUACAUACAUAAUUAUUGUGAAGGUGAAUGUAAAAUUUAAUGAAGUUUGUUCAAUUUUCUUGAGAAGCCAAAGUCUUCUGGUUAUUUGUAAUUAAUUGAAGUAUGUAGUUAAGUUUUUUUAAGGUGACUCUGUUCCAAAGAGUGGAUUGAGAAAUAUAGAAUUAAACUG